CACCUCUAUUUGGAUCAGACCCAAGAAUAGUGCAAAGGCCCUUGGAAGAUUCCCCCAUAAAUGAUCACAAUGCCCUUCCGCAUAUUUUCCAAAAGGAAAACCCACUACCCUCCGUCCCCCUAAAAAUGACCAUGAUACCCUUCCAUGAACCACUACCCCAUAACCUCAAAGGUAUCAUGAUAAUACCAUUAACAAAUCCCCAACCAGGACGAACCCAACCCCCAAUUCACCAAUAAAUGACAAAAAUACCCUUCCAAAGAACUCCAUCCACAAAUGACCAAAAUACCCUUCCAAAGAUCCUCCAUUCCAACCCCAUUAAGAAAAACCUACUCCCAUAUCCUACAAGAAUGUGCCAUCCGACGGUCGGAAGCUGGCCGAGAGGCCCAUGCCCACAUGAUCACAUCAGGCUUCAAACCUUCUAUCUUUGUCUUCAACUGCCUCAUCAACAUGUACCUGAAAUCCUCAAACACCCACGAUGCUCUCAAUGUGUUCAAACAAAUGCCACAUAAAGAUCUAGUCUCUUACAAUUCCAUGAUCUAUCAAUACUCUUUCACUAAUUCUAUGCCCUCUGCUCUCUCUCUCUUCAAUUCCAUGCCCAUCAAAGAUGCAAUCUCGUGGAACUCAUUAAUGGCAGGCUAUUCACAAAAUGGUGAUCACUUCAAGCCUCUCUUUCUCUUUAAACAGAUGCUAGAAACGGAUGUUGGACCCGAUCACACAUCUUUUGCCAUAGUAUUGAAGGCCUGUGCAACUCUGGAGGGAUUUGAGCAGGGAAUUCAGGUUCAUGGCUGUGCCAUACAAAUGGGUUUCAACAGGGAUGUGGUUACUGGUAGUGCAUUGAUAGGUAUGUAUGCGAAGUGUGGAAAAUUGGUUUUUGCAAGGAGGCUUUUCGAGGAAUUGCCAGAAAGGAAUUGGGUGUCUUGGAGUGCUAUGAUUGCAGGUUAUGUUCUCAACGAGCAAGGGCUUAAUGGGCUGGAAUUGUUCUUAGAGAUGCAAAGGGAAGAAAUUGGGGUUAGCCAAUCCGUUUAUGCUAGUGUUUUCCGAUCGAUUGCAGGUUUAUUGAUGCUAAAUUUAGGCUUCCAGUUUCAUGGUCAUGCCAUAAAAACCGGAUUCUUUCAAGAUACUAUUGUGGGUACUUCUAUUUUGGAUAUGUAUGCCAAGUGCGAGAGGUUGGACAUUGCUAAACUAGUGUUCGAAUUGCUACCCCAAAAGAAUUUGCAGUCAUGGAAUGCUUUGAUUGUGGGCUUUGCACGAAGCAAACAAGGAUUUGAGGCUCUAAAAUUCUUUAGAUUAUUGAAGAGAGAUGGGUUCAAGGCUGAUGCGAUCACUUUAUCUGGUGUUCUUAGUGCUUGUGCAACUUUAGAGGCCCUUUCUCAGGGUUCACAGAUUCAUACUCUCUCUCUAAAAACUAGUUAUGGAUCCGAUAUAUGCGUUUCCAAUGCACUCUUGGACAUGUACGCAAAAUGCAAGAGCUUAGAAGAGGCCUGCAAGGUCUUUGGCGAAAUGGUUUACAGGGAUUCUGUCUCAUGGAAUGCUAUAAUCACAGGUUACGAACAGAAUGGAGAUGAUAUGGAGACUCUCUCACACUACAACCUGAUGCUUUCUUAUGCCAUGAAGCCUGAUGAAUUCACUUAUGGAAGUGUUCUUAAGGCCUGCUCUGGGCUUCAAACACUGAAACUGGGAAUGGAAAUUCACACCAGGGUGAUCAAAUCUGGUUUAGAGCUAGACCCAUUUGUGGGGAGUGCUCUAGUCGAUAUGUACUGUAAAUGUGGGUCUUUAGAAGAUGCUGAGAACCUUCAUGGAAGAAUAGAGAAGCAAAUUGUGUCAUGGAACGCUAUGAUUUCAGGCUUUUCUCAGCAAAAACAGAGUGAGGAGUCUCAGAAACUCUUCUCAGAAAUGCUGGACCUUGGUUUAAAACCUGAUAACUUUACUUAUGCUACAGUACUUGAUACAUGUGCAAAUCUUGCCACAGUGGGGUUAGGCAAACAAAUCCAUGCUCAGAUCAUCAAAGAAGACCUGCACAAGGAUGUGUACAUAGGAAGCACACUUAUAGACAUGUAUUGUAAGUGUGGGGAUAUGGAUGACUCAUUGAAAAUGUUUGAGAAGAUGGAAAAGAGAGAUUUCAUAUCAUGGAAUGCCGUGAUCACAGGCUAUGCUCAUCAUGGUAGAGGGAAAGAGGCCUUGGAGAUAUUUGAAAGAAUGAAGAGGGAAAAUGUGAAACCAAACCACGCUACAUUUGUAUCGGUGCUCAGGGCUUGUGGCUAUGUUGGCCUCACUGAAGGAGGCCUGGGUUACUUUGAUUCGAUGGUUCGAGACCAUGGGUUGAGCCCACAACUAGAGCAUUAUGCUUGCUUGGUAGAUAUAGUUGGUCGAUCAGGGAAAAUUGAGGCGGCUGAGAGGCUCAUUGAUACCAUGCCUUUUGAACCAGACAUAGUGAUAUGGCGCACAUUGCUUAGUGUUUGUUUGAUCUAUAAAAACAUUAGGGUAGCUGAAAGGGCAGCUACUUGUAUCCUAGAGCUAGACCCAAAAGACUCAGGAGCAUAUGUGCUGAUGUCUAACAUAUAUGCAGCAGAUGGGAGGUGGCAGGAGGUCUCGAGAAUGAGGAAGCUGAUGAGAGAGAGUGGUUUGAAGAAAGAACCAGGUUGUAGCUGGAUUGAGGUGAGAGAUGAGGUCCAUGCAUUUAUUGUGGGGGAUAAAUCUCACCCGAGAUGUGAUGAGAUUUAUGACGUAUUAGAUGAGCUCAUUAGAGAGAUGAAGCUUGAUGGUUAUGUGCCUGAUUCUGAUCUUGAUGUGGACUCCAUUGAUGGUUGAGGUGUCCCUAAGGGGUAUCUUAAAUGGGGCUGUGACACCAUACAGAAAUUAAUGAAUUGGAAUUUUCAGCAUGUGGAUUUCUUGAAGUUUAUCCUAAUUAUCAGCAGGUUUGUAUCCUUUCAUUCUUUUCUUGAUACAACACCCAAUUGUAAACUCGAAUCCAAGGUUUGUAGCAGAUCAAAGUUGUCA